UGGAAAAAGUGAGAGAAGGAGAGGAAAUCUGUGAGGAGGAAAUUAUCCACAUGGUAUCAGAAAAAAUGUAUCGAUGGUGCAGCUAAAUUACAUUUUACCUGGCGGGGGAGAAAGCGAUUCCACUGACCGUGGGUUGUAUGAAUCACGAAUGGAUCCUAAUUUAAUUUUGAGCAGGAAAAGAUUUUUGCAUUUUUUAUCGUUCUAUUUUAUUCUAAUUUAUCAAGCGCACAUUUCGUGGGGCAUAGACGCAGUGAAUAUAACAAACUGGCAUGAUAACAAAAGCAGCAGUAUAAUGCUGGCGAAAUGGGAUACCGCUUCCCCAAGAGGACAGGAACUUCAUAGAACUGCAGAUACAUUAGCAACCAAUGUAUCAUCAGCCAAUGCAUCACUAGCCAACACGUCGACCAAUGUCUCCUCAGUUCACUCAUCUUCAUCCAACUCUUCGUCCGCCAACCUAUCAUCCAUCCAGCCAUCUUCAGUUGGCAGAUCUUCAGUCCACUACUUCAACACAACUGUAGUCGAUUCAUCUUCAGACUCACAGGAAGCACUGAGGUCAUCAGUAGGCCUGCGUAGGCCAACAGAUCCCUGUUCGUUUCCUUGUCUGAAUGGAGGUCAGUGUGUCCAUCCUGAGUCAUGUGACUGCAGUUUAUACCAAGCUACUGGAACACGAUGCCAAACAGUUCCUAACCCAGGAUUUGAGAGGGAGAUGACGUGUCGGUCGUGGGGCCAGUAUAACUACGAGACGUUUGAUGGGCUGUACUAUCACCUUCCUGGGAGAUGUACCUACACUCUGCUGAGAGACUGUGAAGACACCAGCCAGGCCAGCAUUCUCAUACAGGUCCACAAUGACCCAGACUGCCGCUCGUCUCCCUACUCCUGCACGCGCUCAGUCAGUCUCUUCCUGCCCUGGGAAGGAGAGAUCAGGCUGCACAGGUCCAAAGUCACCUUCAAGGGACAGAGUGUUCAGCUGCCUCACCACAUCCAUGAAGUGGAGCUGGAGAGGAUCUCCCGCUAUGUCUUGGUGACCCAGCAACAUGGCUUCACCCUGGCCUGGGACGGACACAGUGGCUCUGUUUACAUCAAGCUGAGCCCAGAGUGGGUGGGCAGGACCUGCGGUCUGUGCGGCAACUUCAACGCAGACGUACAGGAUGACCUGAAGACCAGCUACGGUGUGGUGACGGAGGACCUGUCCAUGUUUGGGAACAGCUGGGUGGAGGAGGAGCUUCACCAGGUCAGGUGUCCCAUGGUGCCCUCCAUGUUCCCCUCGCCCUGCGCCUCACGUGACCCACACAUACUACUGAAAGUGGAGGAGGUGUGUGCAAUGCUUCUGGAGGAACCUUUUACAGGCUGUCAUGAGUUUGUCAGUCCUCUGUCUUACAUGGCUAGCUGCUCCAACGACCUCUGUCUGUCGGGUCCCAACGGUGAUGUGGUAUGCCAGGUGUUCACGGAGUAUGCCCGGGCCUGUGCCCACGCCGACCACCCACUGAAGGACUGGAGGACUCACAUACCACAGUGUGCGAUGCCGUGUCCUCCGGGUCUGCAGUAUAAGGAGUGCAUCACCUGCUGCCCUGUGUCCUGUAACGUGGACAGAAUGUGUAUCGACAACAAGCUGCAGUGUCUAGACGGAUGCUACUGCCCAGAUGACCUGAUCUAUGAGGAGGGAAGUUGUGUGAAGGCCUCAGACUGUCCCUGUGAAUACCACGGCAUGGUCUACCCCUCCGGACAGACCGUUCAGGAGGAGUGUAACAACUGCACGUGUGUGGGGGGCGUGUGGAACUGCACAGAGUACAGCUGCCCAGGAGAGUGCUCUGUGACUGGAGACAUGUACUUCCACUCGUUUGAUGGCAGGAUGUUUACCUUCCCAGCUUCCUGUCAGUAUGUCCUGUCUAAGAGUCGUAACUCAGGGAAGUUCACUGUCACCAUUCAGAACGCCCCGUGUGGACCCAAUUUGGACGGGGCUUGUAUCCAAUCAGUCAGCCUGGUCAUGGACGAAGACCCACGGACUGAGAUCACACUGACCCACCUAGGAGAGGUCUUCAUGGCAGGACAGUACCUCAUCUCUCUGCCCUAUUCAGAUGAGGUGUUCCACAUCCAGGAGCUGUCGUCCAUGUUCCUGCAGGUGCGUACUGCUCUGGGUCUGCAUCUGCAGUACAGCUGGAGGGAGUUCCGUCUCUACCUGCUGGUGGAUGACCUGUGGAAGGACGACACGGUGGGGCUCUGUGGAACCUUCAACGGAAACAUCCAGGACGACUUCCUGUCUCCAUCUGGUAUGAUAGAGAGCACCCCUCACCUGUUUGGCAACGCCUGGAGGGUAUCCUCUGCCUGUGUCCCCAGCCAGAGUGUUCCCCAGCUUGACCCAUGUGACACGCAUCAGCAAACAGCAUCCUACGCCUCUGAGAUGUGUGACAUCCUGAACCAGGAGUUGUUCUCAGCGUGUCAUGAGUACCUGAGUCCGGUGCCCUUUCACCAACAGUGUAAAGCAGACACCUGUAAGUGUGGCCAGCCCUGCCUCUGCUCUUCCCUGGCCCACUAUGCUAGACAGUGCAGGAAGUACUCCGUCAUCACAGAGUUCAGAGCCAGCGUACCUGACUGUGAGGUGACAUGCCCAGAUACCAUGGAGUACGGAACCUGUGUGUCGUCGUGCCAACGUCGUUGCUCCGCCCUGUCCAUGCAGCAGCGCUGUGGAGAGGAGUGUGAGGAGGGCUGUGUGUGUCCACACGGCACCUUCUACAGCACACACACACACACCUGUGUGCCCAGGAGCUCCUGUCCCUGUAGUUUCCUGGGGGCGGACUACGCUCCAGGCGAUGUGAUCAUGACAUCAGCAGGUGUACAGGUUUGCCAAGAUGGCAAGCUAGUUUCCCAAAGUCCUGCCAGUGACCAACAGUGUCCACUGGGUCAGAUGUACCUGGACUGUACUGAGGGGCUGGAGGGGCUGAAGGCUAUAGAUGGGAGCAGCCUGGGUAGAGGACUGGGCUGUGAACACACCUGUGAAUCCCACCUGCUCAACCUCACCUGUUCAGCUCAUGAACCGUGCAUCCCUGGCUGUGUCUGUCCCCCUGGGUUGCUGAAACAUGGUGAUGAGUGUUUUGAGCCUGAUGCCUGCCCCUGCAUCUGGAAGGGGAAAGAGUACUAUCCAGGAGAUAGAGUCACCUCCCCUUGUCAUCAAUGUGUCUGCCAGCACGGAACGUUCCAGUGUGUGUUCCAUCCGUGUCCGUCCAUGUGCACAGCCUAUGGGGACCGCCACUACAGGACAUUUGAUGGUCUACUGUUUGACUACGUUGGAGCGUGUAAAGUCUACCUAGUAAAGAGCAGUGCUGAUCUGAUGAUGAGUGUGACGGCUGAGAACGUGGACUGUUACGACAGCGGCGUCAUCUGCAGGAAAUCUCUACUCAUCAACAUUGGUAGAUCUUUCAUUGCGUUCGACGACGACGGUGGCAAACCAAACCCGUCCAGUGUGAUCGACUGGAGGCAGGAGGUGUUCAUAUGGAGCGCUGGGCUCUUCACCGUGGUCCACGUUCCCGAGGAGGACCUGACCGUGCUCUGGGAUCGCAAGACCACGGUCCACAUCCAGGCUGGACCACGCUGGCAGGGCAAGCUGAGCGGUCUGUGUGGGAACUUUGAUCUGAGGACGGUCAAUGAGAUGAGGACACCAGAGAACAUAGACUCUGCCACGCCUCAGGAGUUUGGCAACAGCUGGACGGCAGCUGAGUGUGUUAACAGCCCAGACAUCAGACACCCCUGCAGUCUGAACCCACUGAGGGAGCCGUUCUCCAAGAGGCUGUGUGGAGUCCUGCUCAGCGAGGUCUUCCUAGUCUGCCACCCGGUGGUGGAUGUGACAUGGUUCUAUAUGAACUGUCUGGCUGAUACGUGUGGCUGUAGUCGUGGUGGGGACUGUGACUGUUUCUGUACCAGCGUAGCAGCCUACGCCCACCGAUGCUGUCACCAGGGUGUCACCGUGGACUGGCGAUCCCCGUCGAUCUGCCCCUACGACUGUGAAUACUACAACAAAGUUCUGGGUAAAGGCCCCUACAGGCUGGUGACCUACAGGGAGAGAGACACGGUGCUGGCAGCCAACAGGUCCAGUGGGACAGUGUUCCCUAAGAAAGGAGACACUAGUGCGGCUGGUUUCCUGUCCCUCUUCAUGAUGACCCCUGGGCUCAGCAGAGCACGUCCACAUGACACUUCCCUGGUGUCGUUCGAGGCGUCCGAUCGGCCCAACUACUUCCUGGCGGUGGACAGCAGCGGCCAUCUUACGCUGACCAAGUGGGAGGAGAGUGAAGCGUUCUGGGACGCGGCUACCUUCACGCUGCACCGUGACACCUGGAUCCAGCGUUAUGAUUCUCUGGAGGCUUUCGCCAGGCCGGGAUUCUUCCUCCACUACAUGCUGUCCUGGGUUCACCUCGUGAAGUACAAACACACUGACGGAUUCCGCAAAGCCACGCUCUUCAAACUGACAGGCCCUGGUCCAGACAGCCCUACGGGUCCUAAGUGCCAGUGGAGGUAUGAGUCGUGUGUCAGCCCCUGCUUCAGGACUUGCAGUGACCCCUCGGGGGAGGCAUGUGGUACCGUUCCAAAAGUGGAGGGAUGUCUGCCUCUGUGUCAUGGUCACAUGGUGCUGGAUGAGGUCACUCAGAGAUGUGUCCAUGUUGAAGACUGCAUUAAGCCACCAGUUGCUGUGCAGCCCAUUACUACUGUCAGCAGUGUUGAGUCAACACCUGCAGCUGUCACUCCUUCAGCCUCCACCACCACCUUGACCAGCAGGCCGGCUAGCCCAGGCCUCUCCACGACACGCUCCACCCCGGGUCUCCCUGGGCCCCUCACCACCACCACUACCAGCAGGCCGGCUAGCCCAGGCCUCUCCACCGCACGCUCCACCCCGGGUCUCCCUGGGCCCCUCACCACCACCACUACCAGCAGGCCGGCUAGCCCAGGCCUCUCCACCGCACGCUCCACCCCGGGUCCCCCUGGGCCCCUCACCACCACCUCCAUCCAGCCUCCCUACACCACCACCCCUUCAGACACAGUCCCCACCACUGCAGCCACCACCACCAUUCCUAUUGUCUCAACUUCUGCUUUGGAUGCUCUGACCACCUCUGCUAAAGUACCGACCACAGUGACUGAUAAGGUGGUUCUGCUCAGCACCUCUUCGGCCGGUCCGACUCCAGAGGGAACCAGUGCAGCAGCAACACCCUCCCCUCCAUCCUGGGCCACCACAGUCAGACCUGAGGUGGUGGAGGUUGUAUCUACAGUGAAGACAUCUCCAUCCUUACCCUCCACUACAGAAGGCAGUACAGAGAGGACGACCAGGGCCCCCAGCUCCACACCUAGCCCCCUAGGCCCCAGCACAGAGAGGACCAGCCAGGUGCCCUUCUCUAUCACAGCUCUGUUCUGGCUCACGUCCUCAACCACCAGGCCCUCUCUACGCCCAGGGCCUACAGACACCACAUUCACCAGCCCCCCUCCAUCCACUACCAUGGGCCCCUGGAUAAGCUCCACCAUGGGGCCUACUCAGACCAGCACCCUGCCUGCAGUACCAGUCACCCCCACCAGUGUGACCACUAAGGCCACCACACGUCCAGGAGACACAGUGACUCCAGUCUCAACCACCUCUAGUCCACAGCCAACCACAGUCUCAGAGACACCCAGGGACACAGCUUGGACUACAACUAGGACUACAACCAGGUCUACAGCCAUGACUACAGCUUCUAUAACCACCCUUGGUGCACCCACAGAGACAAGCACAAAGCCUGUUGCUGUGGAGACAACCGAGCCAACAACAACCAAAGUCCUCCCUCCUGGUGUAUCGACUACAGCCGAUACCACAGUACCCUCUCUCUCACCGACCUCCACCGUUCACACCGUAACAACAACACCACCAGAACCCACUUCAAAACACAGCCCAGUAUCAGCCUCACCAGAAACCCCUUUCACUACUCUCAGAACUACGCCGCCCGCACGCCCGGAGACAACACCACCACUUGUUUUCACGGCAACCACAGAGAAGACCGUUCACGCCUCCCCUACAGAGCUGAGGACGUCCACAACUCCAGUUCCUGAUCUACCAACUACCACCGCUGUUCCCAUGCUGCCAACGACAACAACAAUAUCAACCGGUCUUACCUCAGAACAACCGGCGAGAGCACCGGUCUCAACGGCAACAACGGAACCCUUGGCAAAGACCCAUGUAACCAUGACACCGGCUGUAGUCACACCUGUGAUUGUCGUAGACACGGUAACAACGACAUCUCACCUGACAACAACAGCUACGGCCUACACUGAAAGGACCUCCUGGUCUGGCGCUGUUCCGACCACAGAGAGAACCACAGAACACACGACCACAACCGCAUACCCUUCCGAACCUGUGGACUGGGGACUGACCACUACUACCGGUCCCCCGACCGUACGGACCACAACAACUCAACCCAUACCAACGGAAAUCUCCAGGACGACCACCAAACCUCCAGACCUUCUGGUAACGACCACAGAGUCCACCCAGACCACCUUCACCUCUCCUUCCAUCUCGACCACAACAGAAGCAGUGGUCCCAACCACAACCACAUCGCCGGUAUCACCGGUGUCACACACAGAGACCACCACGACCGUGCCAGGUCCACCAGUGACUGUAGGGACCGUAACAACCCAGCCCCCCACCACACUGAAGACCACGGAGCCUUGGAUACCCCCCCACAGCGAAACCUCCUCCACUCCUUCUAGCCCUAUCUCUAGCACAGAGAGGGUGACCACACCUGAGGUCCCAGUGAAACCUGAGGUCAGUACAGAAGUAGAGGUCUCUCCACACCAAGUCAUCUCCACUACCACCACUGAUGCUCUUCACCACGUUGCUUCAUCUACAGCGCCAGGCGUCACCACCACAACCUCAGUUACCAUGACGACCACUGCCAAAACCACCACAGCUCCGCCCGAGACUUCAACCGGCGCAGUUUCAACCUCCAGGACGGAGAGACCUCCUGCGACACCCGAAUCCCCGGCCGUGCCUGGUGUACCUGGGGAACCAGCAUUAUCUCUCACUACAACGGUCCCCACGACAACUGUCCGACCUUUACCUGGUGUCCAUACCACCACCAUCACACCUGUACCUGGUGUCCAUACCACCACCAUCACACCUGUACCUGGUGUCCAUACGACCACCAUCACACCUGUACCUGGUGUCCAUACGACCACCAUCACACCUGUACCUGGUGUCCCAGUGACCACCGUCCCACCUGUACCUGGUGUCCAUACGACCACCGUCACACCUGUACCUGGUGUCCAUACGACCACCGUCACACCUGUACCUGGUGUCCAUACGACCACCGUCACACCUGUACCUGGUGUGCCAGUGACCACUGUCAAACCUGUACCUGGUGUCCCAGUGACCACUGCCCCACCUUUACCUGUACCUGGUGUCCAUACGACCACCAUCACACCUGUACCUGGUGUCCCAGUGACCACUGCCAUCAGACCAGUGACCAUCAGACCGCUAACAGAGACCACUCGCGUUCCUCCCGAUACAGGAAGGGUGGAAGUAUUGUCUACUACUUCCACAACAACUACACAAGAACCAACUUCUUCCUGGUCUGGUCCAGUAACCACAACCAGCUCCUCGUCCUCCCCCACGUCAGUUCCCAGACCCACUAGCCACCCAGAGAGAGUCACUACCAGAGUGGUUUCUACUUCUAAAGUGGUCUCCAAGACCACCCGCAGACCAAUGACAACAACACGCAGGACGACAACAGGCAAGGUUCCCAUGACGACGUCCAGAAGUGCCACAACGGUGAGGUCCACCGCCAGACCGAGCACUGUUAGGGCAACUGUAGAUACAAGGACUCUGGGACUACCAGUGGUUCCGACAGCGACGACCACACCUGGUCCUCCUACGGUCGCUCUUCCUAGCCUCGGCACAGCUACCAUCUCAGAGGUUGUUCCAACCACGACCGCUCGUCCCGCGACCAAACCAGUCACCAGAACCAGAACCACAGAAUAUGCAGCAGACGUUAGCAGCUCCGCUGCUCCGACCGGCACUGGCACGACCACAUCCACUUCUGUUUCCGUUCCUAGCCUGACCACGGUCACAGAAUCUACCGCCGUCCCCACAGGACCCACAGGAGCGACCGCAGAACCAUCCACAUCCACCACUACUACACCAGAAGGAAUAGUACCAUCCACCACUACUACACCAGAAGGAAUAGUACCAUCCAUCACUACUACACCAGAAGGAAUAGUACCAUCCACAUCCACCACUACUACACCAGAAGGAAUAGUACCAUCCACCACUAGAGAGACAGGGGUUACUCCAGCAUUCACAGAGAGCACAACCAGAAUGACUCCUUCGCCUGACCUGCUGACUUCUACAGAGGUCGCAGCCACUCCAGGGGUCACACCAAAGGUCACACCAGAUGUGACAGCAGCUCUCUCAGUCCCCUUGCCCCCCACGGCCACCCCAACCUCCGCUACAGAGCCAGAGAGGGUGGACGGAGUAGACACCACUACACCAAAGACUCCGUCACCAUCACCUGUGUCGCCGUACACCACAUCAGAGGCAACCACGUCACCAUCGGUAGUAUCGCCAUAUACCACGACAGAACGUGUUGGACCUACGGCAGAGGUUACUACAUCCAUGGCAGUGUCCUCAACUAGGAUGUGUACUCCUCCCUAUUCAGAGAUCAUAGAUGAGUGUACCAAGUUCCUCUGUGUGAGCGGCCAGCUGGUCCGAUUCAACAUGUCCCAGAACUGUCUGUAUAACUCCACCCCUCCUAACUGCGGCCUGCUCGGCUUCGCCAUCCUGGUCAACGGGGACAAGUGCUGCCCGCAGUGGGACUGCCCAUGUCGCUGCUCAGUGUUCCCCGACCUGAACGUGAUCACGUUUGAUGGUAACAGCGUGGCCAUCUACAAGGCUACCUCCUACAUUGUGACCCAGCUGCCCAGCGAGACUGUCAGCAUCGUGGUCCAGGAAUGCCCCGCUGACUCAGACACGCUGCUGUGGAAUUUCACCAACCUGUGUCUAGUGGUUUUGAACAUUACCCACAAGUCCAACCACCUGGUCAUCAACAGACUGCAGAGGAGGCUGUAUGUGAACUCGAGGUACGCCAAGCCGAGGUUCAAGAAGUUUGGCUUUGAGAUCCUGGACACCGGCAACAUGUAUCUGAUCCGGACACCGGCGGGCCUGAAGCUGCAGUGGUUCCACAGCACGGGCAUGUUGGUCAUCGAGACAGAGAGCUACAACAGCAAACUGCCCACCAUGGGCCUCUGUGGUUGCUGUGAUGGUAACCCGGCCAACGACCUGAUGCUGUCCAAUGGGACGACAGUCGGGGAGAGCGAGGACCCAGCGGUGUUCAUCGACAGCUGGCAGGUCCCCAACACCACUAGUUACAUCAGCCACAGCCGGCGCAGAGAAGUCAACUGUUCCACCAGCGACUGUUCCCAGUGUAUGACCAUGCUCCGAAACACCUCCUUCAGCCCCUGCCAUGCUUUUGUUCCUCCCAGUACGUUCUGUGAGGUGUGGGUUCGUGACGCGGAGUACGUCAACAACCCGUGUGUAGCGUUGGCUGCCUACGUGGCGUCUUGUCAUAAGUUCAACGUCUGCAUGGAGUGGAGGAGCUCAGACUACUGUCCCUUCAUGUGUCCAGACCAGCUGCGUUACCAGGCCUGUCUGCUGACCUGUACAGCCCAGUCCUGCUCCAACCAUGACUUUGACCACGACCCUGAGCAGUGUACAGGCCUGACAGAGGGAUGUGUCUGUCCUGAGGGCACUCUGCUCCAUCGACCCUACUCUGCCCUCUGCAUCCCCCCUGAGAAGUGUGCCUGUACGGACAGUUCCGGUGUACCCCGUGCUCCUGGCGAGGUGUGGAAGGCGUCUAAAGAUGGCUGCUGUAUGUAUCGCUGUGACAACGACAAUAUCGUUCCCGUGGAGUAUAACUGUUCCGCCGUGCCUCAGCCGCUCUGCCGCAGGGCCGGGGAAGUGGUCAUCAGUCUGGCAGACGACACCUCCUGCUGCCCACAGAAAGCCUGCGUUUGUAACCAGACCCUGUGUGACAUCUUCCCCCCGGAGUGUCAGUAUGGAGAGAAGCUGGUGUCUUACUUCAGAGAGGACUCCUGCUGUCCAGACUACGUCUGUGAGUGUGACCCAGAGCGCUGUGAGUCAGACAUCCCAGCCUGUAGAGAGGACCAGACCCGCAUCGCCACCAGGGCUGAUGGCAGCUGCUGCCUGGCACACAUCUGUAUGUGUGGUUCAUGUUUGGAGGUGGUUCCAAACUGCCAGGAUGGAGAGGUGUUGACAGUGGACGCCAACAGUACAGACCUCUGCUGUCCUGUCUACCACUGUGUGUGUGAGCCGUACCGGUGUGCUGAGUUGUCAUGUCCCUUGGGGAUGUCUGCUGUCACCGUGUCCCCUCCAGACCACUGCUGUCCCCUGCACACCUGCGAGUGUGCGUGUGACACACUGUCGAAGCCAAAAUGUCUUCUGGGAGAGACCAUGCAGGUGGACAGGGCUUUCCUAACAGACCCAACUAACCAGUGUUCCUGUAAGAGAUUUAACUGUGUGCGUGAGGCGGUGUGUGUGGACGGGGAGCGGGGUGUUAUGCGUCCGGGACAGACCCUCGUGGAUCACAGUGAGGAGGGGGUGUGUCUCACCACCCAGUGUAGCCACAGUCUGGAUCCCACCACGGGCUUCCACCACCUCCGCACCGCCACCACCAACUGCUCUGCUCAGUGCCAACCGAACCAGAUAUACAUCCCUCCCAAAGACCAAACGAUGUGCUGUGGUGUCUGCAAGAACAUCUCCUGUCUCUACCACAAUGACAACGGUACUGCACUCCUCUACAAGCCUGGGAAGUCGUGGGUGUCAGACUGUAUGAAGUAUGACUGUACCGACACACUGUCAGGCCCUACCCUGGUGUCCUACUCAUUCAGCUGUCCACCCUUCAACCAGACAGAGUGUAUGAAGAUUGGUGGAACCAUUGUAAGUUACAUGGAUGGAUGCUGCAAGACAUGUAAAGAAGAUGGGAAGUCCUGUCAGAAGGUGACAGUAAGGAUGACGAUACGGAAGAACGACUGUCGCAGUAACAGACCGGUCAACAUAGUGUCAUGUGACGGGAAGUGUCCGUCGGCCAGUAUUUACAACUACAACAUCAACACGUACGCCAGGUUCUGUAAGUGCUGCCGUGAGAUGGGGCUGCAGAGGCGCUCCGUGCAGCUCUACUGCAGUGGCAACUCCACGUGGGUCAACUACUCUAUACAGGAACCCACCGACUGCUCCUGCCAGUGGUCUUAGUGGCCACAAAGAGACACACACAUGACCGUAUGAACACAAAUUACAUAUACACGCACACACACACACACUGCAGAGACACUACUAUUGUAUGUCAGAGGGACAAGAGAAGGUUGGGUAUACGUUGAGUGGGUUUGUGGCUUUGGGCAGUUGAAGGUGGGUAGGGAUGUGUAUGGUUGAGUGGGUUUGGGGCUUUGGGCAGUUGAAGGUGGGUAGGGAUGUGUAUGGUUGAGUGGGUUUGGGGCUUUGGGCAGUUGAAGGUGGGUAGGGAUGUGUAUGGUUGAGUGGGUUUGGGGCUUUGGGCAGUUGAAGGUGGGUAGGGAUGUGUAUGGUUGAGUGGGUUUGGGGCUUUGGGCAGUUGAAGGUGGGUAGGGAUGUGUAUGGUUGAGUGGGUUUGGGGCUUUGGGCAGUUGAAGGUGGGUAGGGAUGUGUAUGAACACAGCACAUGAUGGCGUCUAUACAGGCUGAGAGGAGGAGGAAGCUAUGAAUGGCUGUCAUCCUACCUAACCAAAAGGCAUCGUUACACUUCAUGUUGUUGUUUUUUGUUUCUCUUUAUUUAAACUCUGCAUUUCUAUCUCUGAGAGUCAGUCUAGAUGUCAGGUAACUUUGUGUAUCCAGAGCUGUAGGUUCAGUUUCGGUUGGAAAUGGUGUAUUUCACAGUUUGUUACUCUUCAUAUAUCUCAUUGGUAGCUCUUUCAGAGGCGUGGUCAAGUCCACAAAAAGCCACAACAAUUUGAAACAUAAUUUGAGUAUGUUUUCGUUGACAUUAAGAAUACACAGCUUUAGUACUGUAGCUAAAUUCAACUCCAAAGUGUAUUGUACUACACAUACACUACCAUUCAAACGUCUGGGGUCACUUUGAAAUGUCCUUGUACACAAUAACUACAACUAGCUGAUACACAAUAACUACAACUAGCUGAUACACAAUAACUAACUGAUACACCACAACUAACUGAUACACAAUAACUACAACUAACUGAUACACAAUAACUACAACUAACUGAUACACAAUAACUACAACUAACUGAUACACAAUAACUACAACUAACUGAUACACAAUAACUACAACUAACUGAUACACAAUAACUACAACUAACUGAUACACAAUAACUACAACUAACUGAUACACAAUAACUACAACUAACUGAUACACAAUAACUACAACUAACUGAUACACUACAACUACAACUAACUGAUACACUACAACUACAACUAACUGAUACACAACAACUACAACUAACUGAUACACAAUAACUACAACUAACUGAUACACAACAACUACAACUAACUGAUACACAACAACUACAACUAACUGAUACACAACAACUACAACUAACUGAUACACAACAACUACAACUAACUGAUACACAACAACUACAACUAACUGAUACACAAUAACUACAACUAACUGAUACACAAUAACUACAACUAACUGAUACACAACAACUACAACUAACUGAUACACAACAACUAACUGAUACACAACAACUAACUGAUACACAAUAACUACAACUAGCUGAUACACAAUAACUACAACUAGCUGAUACACAAUAACUACAACUAACUGAUAUGCAAAAUGGUGAAACUGUGUAGCAAAAAUAAGCAAACGUGUGCAGCCCCGCAAGUAUGUGGUAUCCAUUUUGUGUAUCGAACUGUGGCCUUGUGGGGCGUACAUACCUAGUGUAGGAAUUAGAUCUGACUCGAAGCCAGCCCCACUCUAUAUGUAGGUAAAACGUGAGAGUAUUUAGUCCAACAUUAACACUGAAUUCAGACAUCAAAUUGUGCCUCAUUUUGUACAUAAAUACAUUCCCUGUCUUUGUGCCUUUUGUGGAAGUAAAUAUUUUUACAUUUAAAAAAAUAUAUAUAUAUUUAGAUGUAAUACUUUUAGAGAGUUUUAACACUUCAAUCUGCUGUAUAUCAAGUGAUAUUAAAUAUGCUUAAUGUAACCAUACUAGAGGUGUUGCUGAAUAAUUACGAAUCAAGCUGUAUGUCGAGCACUUUAUUUAUUUUCUGUUCAACUUAGCACAGCGUUCAUUAUUUUGGUAUUGGUGAUUUUUGUCAACACAGUUUUGUCAAGCAUUUGGUCCUGAUAUAUUUAAUCGACACUAGCACAAGCCAAAACUGGUUUGGUUGCAGACCAGAAGUUAUUAUUUUUUUUAACAACUUUAAUUUGUGGACAUUUUUUGAAAUUGAGAAUGUUAGGGGGGAAAACAAUGUAAAUGGAUUUUUACUGAGAGGUUGAAAGAAUCGCUUUUUUGAAAUCACUUUGUUUAUAAUACAGUAACUUGGUUGACAAUAAGGUCUCCCGUUUUUACAUCUUCAAAAUGUGUUUUUUUGUCACUUGAUCGUAUACAUAUUUUUAACAAAUAAAUAUUCACAGCAUAAUACAAAUUUUGUGAAAUGUGUGGUGUCAAUAAUAAGAGUUGUGAUUGCUUAUGCUUAACGUGUUUUCAAUAAGUUAAGUUCAUUGUAAAGCUAAUUGUUGAAUUGUGUUAUUAUUGGGGAUAUGAAACAACGCCCACAGGUUAGUGUAGUGAAACUGAACGUGUACCAUACUAAAUGUACAUUUGAAUUUUCAAUAAAUAUUUCCUUAGAAAA